GAAAAAAAGGUUAAAUGAAAAAAGGGUUAGCGAGGUUAUGGCCGGGUGAAUGAUAACAACAACAAUUACAGAGCAGAGAGGAAAGGUAUAUAAGAAGGAAUGGGUGAGCCGAACUCUUCUGUGUAGUCGAAAAGCAGAUUUUCUCUGUUUCUUGAAUCUUGAUGAUACAUCCACGCCUGCCUGCUUCAUUUUCUAAGAUUUGCAGUUAAAAUUCGAUUCGAGACUGUCUCUGUCUCCAAUGGAGGAUUUCAUCAGCAAUCUGCCAGAUGAGGUUCUUGGCAAGAUCCUGUCUUUACUUCCCACAAAACUUGUUGUUUCCACAUCCGUUAUGUCCAAGAGAUGGAGGAAUCUGUUGUUGCUUGUAGACAACUUUGAUCUGGAAGACUCAGCAACUAGUGGCUUCUCUGAUUUCUUGGAGAAAACGGUGGCUCACUUGAGCACUUGUCCCAUCAAGAGACUCUCUCUGAGUGGCCGUUAUGAAAUACCUCGCUCUAACUGUUUGAUUGUCACUGCCCUCGAUCGCGGAUGCUUGGAACUACACUUGCAAUCUCGAUAUCUGCAUCUAGGGAUCAGGAUCUUGUCGAGUAACAACACGUUGGUUAAACUCACACUUUCAAAACGAACUGAUCUUGCAGGGCAUGUUCCCCCUAAGGGCACAGUGUUCUUCCCGGCCCUCAAGACACUUUCUCUCGGUGCACUUGUGGUUAAUGAAGAACUUUACCAGUGGUUCAUCUCUGGCUCCCCUGCGCUCGAGGAACUAUUUAUACGUGAGUGUUGUGAUGACCCGCCAACUUGGAAGGGGUCCGUGUUUAGUAAAUCCGUCAAGAGAGUCACGGUUUAUUUCCAUCUUCCUCGUUUCUCAUGGGCUUAUGAUGAAGAAGUUUGGUUCAACACAACGAGUCUUGAGUUUCUUGACUACUCUGCUUUUGUCUCCCAAGGCUAUACUCUUGUUGAUGAUAUGCCUUCCCUCGUUGAAGCUAGACUAGAUCUUCGAUUGUGGGAGCCUUCUGUCUCUUAUGAUAGUGAUUAUAUUUAUCAAUAUUUUGAUGUUUACCGUCCAGAGGAUGUUUUUGGUAAUGUUACAAAUCUCGUUGCGGGGAUACGCAAUGUUGAGACCCUUCACCUGUCUCCCGAUGCUCUUGAGGUGUUUUUCUUCUGCUGCGAUUACAUGCCGGUCUUCAACAACCUCCGUAAUCUAUCUUUUGAGAGCGACGAAGAAAAAGGAUGGCAAGCAUUGCCUCUUGUGCUAAAUAAUUCUCUACGUCUUCAUACUCUAGCUAUCAAAGGUCUUGUGCAUAGAGUUACUAGUAGAUGUGGGGAUGCAUGCCCCUGCAUUAGCAAGACGAAGAGGGGAAUGUGUUGUUUGUCGGCAUGUCGAAUCAAGGUGCUAGAGAUUACAGGGUACGGAGGAAGUUUUAGAGAGCUGAAACAAAUGAGGCAUUUUUUGGGAAAACUGCAAUGUCUUGAAACUGUGAGAAUUGGUGUUCAAAAGGACAGCAACAAGUACUUGCGAGCCAAUCUAACGAAUCUUCCUAGAGCUUCACCAAAGUGCAACAUCCAGUUCAUUUAAUGCCUCUCUCUCUCUCUCUCUCGUUGUAUGGCUGAGAUUUGAUGAUGAUGUCAAAGAGACUAAACUUUUGUUAACAAGUUAACACUUUUGUUAGUAACAAAAAUAUGACACUAAACUUGUUUUU